CUAUAUAUAAUGCCCCCCAAACUAUGAGCAACAUCCCAGCUAUAACUCUCUCUCUCUCUCUCUCUCUCUGAAGCUUCUUUCCUCUCUUCUGGACAGACCCGACCCGACCCAAGUCAUGCCAUCUUUACAAUGGAAAACCACGGCAUUGGCCGUUGCUUUGUUACAGCUAAUUACCCUUUCCAUGGAAGCAGUAGAGUCUUCUUCUUCAUCUUCCCUCUCUGCAUUGGACAGAAUUCAUCAACUACCUGGUCAGCCCCAAGUCAGUUACCAGCAAUUUUCUGGUUAUGUGACCGUUGAUGUCAAGAAACAGAAAGCUCUGUUCUACUACUUUGUUGAAGCUGAAUCAGAUCCGGCUUCCAAGCCUCUUGUUCUCUGGUUAAAUGGAGGGCCUGGUUGUUCUUCAUUGGGGGUUGGGGCAUUCUCUGAAAAUGGACCGUUUAGGCCUAGUGGGAAGGCACUGGUCAGGAAUGAAUAUAGCUGGAACAGAGAAGCAAAUAUGUUGUAUUUGGAGACACCAAUUGGAGUUGGCUUCUCUUACUCAUCUGAUUCUUCCUCCUAUGUGGCUGUAAAUGACAAGAUCACAGCCAGGGACAAUCUAAUUUUCUUGCACAAAUGGUUUGUCAAAUUCCCACAAUAUAGAAACACAAGUUUGUUCAUUACAGGAGAAAGCUAUGCUGGCCACUAUGUUCCUCAACUAGCAGAGCUUAUGCUGCAAUUCAACAAGAAGGACAAGUUGUUCAACUUGAAAGGAAUUGCUUUGGGUAAUCCAGUUUUGGAAUUUGCAACUGACUUUAACUCAAGGGCUGAGUUUUUCUGGUCUCAUGGAUUGAUAUCGGAUUUGACCUACAAAUUCUUCACUUCCACUUGUAACUAUUCUCGCUAUGUGAGCGAGUACUAUAGAGGCUCGGUAUCUCCAACUUGUUCAAAAGUGAUGAGCCUAGUAAGCAGAGAAACUAGCAGAUUUGUUGAUAAGUAUGAUGUUACCCUUGAUGUCUGUAUAUCAUCUGUGCUCUCUCAAUCCAAAGUCCUUAGUCCCCAACAAGUUACAGAGACAGUAGAUGUAUGUGUGGAAGAUGAAACUGUAAGUUACUUAAACAGGAGAGAUGUUCAGAAUGCUCUCCAUGCUCACCUUGUUGGAGUAAACCGGUGGCUUGUUUGCAGCAAUGUCUUGGAUUAUGAGUUUCUUGACCUGGAGAUCCCAACAAUCUCUAUUGUGGGAAAACUCAUCAAGGCUGGAAUCCCCGUCUUGGUUUACAGUGGAGAUCAAGAUUCUGUUGUCCCAUUGACUGGAAGUCGAACAUUGGUUCGUGGAUUGGCAGAAGAAUUAGGACUGAAAACAACAGUUCCAUAUAGAGUUUGGUUUGCAGGGAUGCAGGUUGGUGGGUGGACUCAAGUCUAUGGUGAUAUCCUUUCCUUUGCCACCAUUAGAGGGGCAUCUCAUGAGGCUCCUUUCUCUCAACCUGAGAGAUCACUCGUGCUAUUCAAGGCAUUUUUGGAAGGCAAGCCCCUACCAGAAGUAUUCUGAUCUACUGAUCAGCGCACCCUGAUGAAUCCAGAUUGAGGUUGUAAGUAAAGUUUGUCGAGUAGAAGCGGUUGUUGAUCUUUGAAAUUGAGAAGUGCAUUCUUUUGAUUGUUUGUUUGUUGGGUUUGUCCAAGCUAUGGAACUUUGAAAUAGAAGAAUUUUGUAAAGAUUUUGAGAAAUGAAAGAUUAUUUUUGUCAUUUUUUCAACA